AUGUUUUGCGGUAACGAUCGAGACAACAGUGAGUUUCUGAAGGCGUCUUCAGGAUAUUCAGCGCCGGUACGUAUCGGUAACUGGAACAAUGAGCUGGCCAUCCAAGAGGAGAAGGCAAACAUCACCGCGUACAAGAAGGAACGAUGCCAACUUCUUGUCGCGAAAACUCGCAAGAUGCUGAAGAACGUGCUUCAACCGGACAGAUUGUCCGAGGCUAUAGAGACCUUGGAUUAUGGAGCCGUGUACCAGGUUUGUGCGGCAGAACUGCCAAACACCAUCGAACCGAAGCAUCCGAAGCAAACCAAAGGCCUAUAUUUAUCAGGUUUGAUGGAUGAGAGCGACGUCGAUCAAGGCACGAACUUCAUGCACGGAUGUCGGAUCACGGCGUCUCCGGAUAAAAUCGCUUGCACUCGGAACACCUUCUUCUUCACGUCAGCGGAAAACAAACUCGGAAAUAUUAAGUACGGCGAAGAUCUGUUCAUCCAGUUGCACAGGGCUAACAGCGAUCUUCCACCUCUUUAUCUUCAAGCUGAGUAUUCCACUUUCGAUAAUUUCGGUGGACACCUGAUGGCGCGACUUUCCGCUUAUCCGGACGUCUAUUGCCAUUUCAAAAUCCUUCACUGGAACGCGAGGAUGAGGAAGGACUCCAUUGGGAGUAAAGUCGUGCCUAAUGUAACCGUGAUCAUUCAGCAUAUAGCCUCAGGCAGGAAUUUAGCGGCGGAACACACUAAAUGGAUACCGACGUUCUUUGGACCCGAAUGCUUGGUGAGUUGUCACACUUUCCAGAACCAAAAUCGAAUGGAAACCGCGGAAAAUAUGUGGAAAAUCGUCAGUCACCGGCAACCUGAUAAAGGAAUGAUCAUUAGGGCCGCAAAAGGUGAAGACAUUCCAGCCGAAUUAUUGGAGUAA